UCUACAAGUCAUAAAAAUGCUAGACUCGCUGACGUUUCUAUUUGAGAAAUUCUUUCUUUUCUCAAACUUGAAUCUGUUUAAAAGUCUGUGGCAGGAGGAUCCGGUGAGAUGCCCGGUGCUCAGGAGAGGAGACCUGCUGGAGGUGCAGCGCACUCUCUUCGUUCAUUACGGCAUCUGUCUGGGCGAGAACAGGGUGGCGCACCUGAUGCCUGACAUCAUGCCCGUGCUGACCAGCGACAAGCAGCUCAUUAAACCAGUCGUCACUAACAAAAGACUCAUUUUAGGAUGCAUUUACAGACACGCGAGCAUACGCGUGGACUCGGUCGAAGACUUCGCGUAUGGUGCUCAGAUUCUGGUGAACGACAUGGACAAGAAAGUCAAGUGUCACGCGCUGGCGAGCGAAGAAGUGGCGAGGAGAGCAGAGAAACUGGUUGGCGACUUUCCCUACAGUUUACUAUGGAAUAACUGCGAACAUUUCGUGACGUAUUGCAGGUACGGAACAGCAGUGAGCCAGCAGACAGAGAAGUUCUGUGACUGUCUGAAAUCCAUCAUUCGGGACCAGAGAAGUGUGGCCUUAACUGUUGGGAUAGGAGUGAUGUACAGCCUGUGCUUCGGUCUGGCGCCCUCGACUACAUUACCCACAAUCCUUAUCCCCUUCAUUCUGUGGAUGGCUGGCUGAGGGACACUUUCACUGCAUCACAUAAAACAAUGAAGCCCAGCUUUAAAGGGGACACGUACACAGCAAUGCAAUGCAUCAGUGGAAUAUCGCUGUGUAAACAUGCCAAGUCUGACUAUGUAUUUCUGCUUCUAUAUAUGUUACGCUUUAAAUAACUCAUGACAAUGUGCCAUUAACUUCGAGCCUUUACAGCCAUGCUGUAUACUUUUCAUUUUAAACCAUAUACCUAAAAUUGGCCAAUAUUGCUGUGGCUUAAAGUUACAGAUUGCAUGUACUGUUCACUAAGGGUGCCUUAUUUUUGUAUUAAGCAGAAGUGUUAUACAGACAUGAUAUAUUUCACUAAUAUGAUCAAUGUUUAUUGUAGCUACUAUGGACUGUGAUUCAGGACAUAGCCUUUCUUAUAUAUGAACUUGUAGUUUUUUACUUUUAUUAUUAAGCUCUGACGAUGCUUGAUUGUGAAUUUGUACAGUUUUAAAUAUAUAUUUAAUACCAUAAUUUUCUAAACAAGAGCCAGAAUAAGAAUAUGUAUACAGAGCUAUUUGAUGAAUGUUAUGUGUAAAUAGUAGCUAUAAUUAUUUCUGGUUACUGCUGUAAACAGCUGAUUGGAUUUAUUAGACUAUUUUCAUCAAAAUAAAGCUUGUCUGACCUGCAGCUGAA